AUGGACGAUGAUGCAUUUGGCAUCCGGCACAAUCAACCGGCAGCGAUACACAUGACGCCCAUCUCGCAGAGGAGCUCGGUUCAGCGGAAGCCAGUCGGCUCCGGCUCACGGACAUGGUCUUUUUCGGUCUCGGGAACAUCUGCGACCUUCUCACCGGGUGUCCCUGGACAGGUAUCACGGCACGAACGACGGGUCAGCUCGCCCCUCGCGCCCAAUCCGCGAACCUCUGCGACAGGGACAGGCAUCGUGUCACCUCAGUCGACGAUUGACGAGACAUCGGCCUUCAGUAAUUACUUUGCCUCGAAUCUGCCAGCCGCUCACCGCCCGCAGCCUUCACCGAUACAAGUUGAACAUGACUUCACAUAUUCCAAUUACCAGAGCUAUUACGAGCCGUCCACGGCGAACACCACCCCGGGCUACCAUUCGUCUUCAGCCCUUCUCCUCAACAAGAAUCGUACACCGGGCGAGGAACCUGUCGGCAAGCCAUUGGCAUCAUCCACGGUGAAUCAGGUUUCCUCUACUGACCAGCAACGACGCGAUCAACCACCUGCGCCGCCGUCUGCAGGCUCCGGGCCACUCGGUGAUGAUGCCAGCCCACCUCCCUACAGGUUCAGCUACUGGCGUCCUUCGUACAACAUGUACUUCUUUCUCUGGCUAGGCAUAUGCGCCGCAAUGGGCCACCACUUCUUCUACAACUCGCUCGAUGGCCGCAUUGCCGACAACCACAUCCGUAUGUUGCGCUACGGUACGGCCCUGUCCUUUGUUGCCAAGGCCUCACUGGCCGCGUCCGUCGUCCUCGCGUUUAAGCAGCGCGUGUGGUUGACGGUGCGCCGAAAAGCCAUGACGCUGAGCGCCGUCGACUCGCUCUUCGCCGCCGCCGACGAUCUUUCGGCCAUCUUCAACGCCGAGAUCUUUCGCCAGGCCAGGGUCGCCAUCAUCCUGGCCAUCUACGUCUGGUGCACGCCGCUCGUCGUCAUUCUGACCUCGGAGACGCUAGCCGUGCGUAACGAGCUUGCCGUCGAGAAUGUCACCUGCCCCGCCGUGCGCACGCUCAACUUUGCCGCCGAGGAGACAAACGAGUGGCGCGAGGCGAAGCGCGUCGACAAGCUGAUUUCGCUGUCCGUCAGCCUGUGGAACACGACACGUGGCGCCCUCGACGAAGAUGGUAACGAAUUCGAAGGCUGGUACGACUACUUCACCAGUCCGAGCUGGCAGUUUGAACAGGUGGCCACGCUGGCUGCCCUUUCAAAGACGCCGGUUGCGAGGGUCGGUGCCGCCGAGGAGAUAUGCGGCACGGGUUGGAAUUGUACCUACACCGUUCAGUUCACGGGUCCGGGAUACAAGUGCACCGAGCUGGCCUCGGGAGUCGGCUCGAAGCCGAAGAAGCUGGGCAACGCGACGGCGCCUUUCGGGACGGAGAUACUGGCUCCAGAGGGGAACCAGACAUACGUUGCCCAGGCCUUCCUGGGGCACUACUCGGAGACGCAGAUGGAAGAUGUCUGGCCCGGUGGCAUACCGACUACGCCGGCGCCCUUUCCGAAGCACCUCGGCGCUCUUCGCACGGAGCCCAUUCUUUGGAUCGGGUACUCUGAGGUCGACGAUCCCGCUGAGCUGCAACCUGACAACCGGAGUGACCCGAAAUGGGACCAGGUCUACACGCCCAAGAUCUUCGGAUGCGAGCACUACGAGACGAAAUACGAAGUUCUCUUCAACUACACGGGUCUCCUGCAGCACACAAACGUCACGCGCCGCGAGUUUCUCCAUCCCGUCGUCGACACGACGUUUCUCCCCGACGAGCCGGCCAACGACGGCACCAUGGACAACACGACAGCCGUGCCCGAGUCAAACUAUAUCCUGCCGUCCGACACACGCCGCUACCGCCGCGCCAUGGCCUACCACUCGAUCGGCAUGCAACUGCGCACCUUCAUCAACGGCUCCAUCACCGAGCCCGGCAAGAUUGCCAACACGCGCGCCCUCCAGACACGCCUCCUCGAUCCGACAAACUGGCUCGGCGUCCGCGACAUGCAGGGCGCCGUGCGGGGCUUCUACGAAGACAUGCUGCUCUCCAUGCUGUCGAACCCGCAGUUCCUCGCCGUGGCGUGGGCUGCCGCGCCCGAGGUCGUCAGUGGCGUGAGUGCCGGCGGCGAGAAUACCAAGUUCCCCUGCACGCGAUCGCGCAACGACAACCGGUAUCGAUACGUGGCGUGGGAGCUGUGGGCCGUGUACGCGGCCGCCAUCGCGCUGGCUAUCGUUGGCGUCGGGUUUGGCACGGUGGCCAUCUGGGAAGAAGGCUUGUGGCGGAACACGCGAUUCAGCAGCAUCGUGGCCGCGACGCGGGGGCCUUGGCUUGAGAAGGUGCCGUGGACGGGAGACGGGCCGGUCGAGGGCGAGGCCAAGCGCGUCAAGGUUGGGUACGGGCUUGUGUCGCCGAGUAGGGGCGAAGACGGAGUUGCGGAGGAUGAGGGGCGCUUCGAAGGACGUCCCAUGAGUCGUACGUGGGAUGCGGGUGAUGUUGUGUCGCCGAGAGGCCCGAACAGAGUUUCCACGGUUGGAGGCAGAGGGGACGGCAGUGCGCGCGAUAGGUUCGCCUUUGGACUCGAAGGGGACGUCAGGCAGGACAGGGGCGUCGAGCGGGAGGCCGAGGAGGGCGGUGGUGGGAGCCUCGGCCGGAGCCCAAAGUUGCCAUUUAGACGGACAUGGCAGCGGGUGGAUCAAGCAUGA